CACAUCUCAACACUUCGCUCACUCAGAUUGGACUUCACUCAUCCUGGCCAGAAUCACCAGGCACACCAGGGUGACCACUGACCAUUGACCACUGACCAGGGUAGCUUCAGCACUAGCCCUUCACCUCCCAGCCGGCUUCGAGCCUCGUCACCCAAUCGUCGCUCCUGCUCCCACCUUUUCCAUCACACCAUCGGCUGCCUUUCCUAUCCUUUCGCUCCUCUGUUGCUCCGACUCAGGGCUUCUAGCCAGAGCGGCCUUGAUCCCGUGCCUACUGCGCCCUACCUGUGUCGGGUCACUUGCGGUCGAGAACAGCUUGACUGAAGGCUUGCGUGGGGGCCAUUGGCUGCCGGUCCCUCAGCAGUGACACAUUUUGACAGUAAUGAGGACUUCUCCAGACUGUGACACCUCAUGGUGAGAUCAUGACUGGCAGAAAGCACAUGAAGAGAAAAAGUCGGCAUCGCACCAAUGGGAAAGAGCAGCACACAAAAUAUGCUUGUUUCUCUACACGAGUCAAGGAGCUCGAAAACAAUGCGUUGAAGAUCCCACGAGUCUAAUGCCGUACUACUGCAUCUGCCCGGUGGAGUUCUGGGACGAGCGAUGUGUUGGGUAAGCGAGCCCUUCUGGGACAAUUCCCCCGCUUGAUCUGUGCGGAAUACAGUACCUACAGCAGAACAAAAAUGCCAAAAUCCGUACACUGGUAAUUGCACGGUCGACCGCAUGGCGUUCUGUUGUCUGUGCGUGGGACAUGAAUCAUGGCUCUGGUAACGCUCGCCGUGGUUCUUUCCUGAAGACUGGUACCGCUCGGAUACACCCGCCAUUCACGCCUUCACAACCAAACCGACCGUAGCUCUCAAGUUCCACGGCGUUAUUUCGAGCUUCUGCCGGUACGGGUCACCUCGUGACUACAAGUACGUCUGGAAACGGGUCCAGGCCGCACAGAGGUGAUGCCUUGAUGCCUGAUGGCUUGAUCGGCUGCCACCACUUUGCUUCCUUGAUUAGCAGAAGCAGGUGAGUCAGCCAUUCAGAGGUCGGAAUUCAUCGGGGGUUGGCCUCCAUCCCUGGAGAUCUCCCAAUCCGACCAGAACACCAAGUGGCUUGACAUGGGGACAUGUGUGCAGGGGGAGUAUGCAGCCUGUUCGAGGUCGGCGCUAACCGUCCUGCCUUUAAGUACUCGUCGAAGCUGUCAGGUCCUAAUCUUAGCUCCGAAGCGCCAGCCCACAUUUUCACGUCCAAUCAUCGCUUCAGUCUCCCACACUUCAUGCUCAUUCAUUCUGCCAUGCGAUGCACACUAUCGCCCUGCCGAAUGGAAGGAGAAUUGUCGACUUACCUUUGCAACGACCCAUUCGACCAGCCUGCUCAUUGUUCAAUCAUGCAAAUGACCUGCCUCCACUAUCCCAUCCACCAAUCCACGAGGAGCGCCUUCAGACGCAGACGCGAUAUUCAUAGAUACAGCUCCUCCAGCAUGUAUCGUCUCUUUCUCUCAUUCGCUCUCCAGGCAGAGAAUUGUUUCUUACCAUCUGGAUCUUGCUCGAAACGAUUCGGAACCUCGUCCUGACCUGCAUAUCAUUACCCUCCACGAUCCAAAUAUAGAUCACUGGACAUUGAGAUAGUUCUUGAGCCUUCUCAUAAACAACAUCCUCAGCCAAUGUCACCGUGAGUCCCUUCAAGGCAGACCGUUGCCCUCGCUGUUGCUCCUUCACCUCGUCGACGGUAUCUCCCAGACGUGCGAACACUGCUGGACAGUAUUCGCGACCACUCCCUAGUAAUAAUAUUCAGCAGCGCAGGCCAGGUUUGUUUGUCCUGUCCUUGCCGUCCUUGAUACCAGCAUCCAAUCUUGAAGCUGCUCGCGAAACGACAGUUGUACAGUCCGAUAGAUUCCACGACACACUCAACCAUGGCCCCGUCGAAGGAGAAGAAGGCUACAGCUGUGGCCAAAGAGUCACCAGCCACGAGUAUGAAGUCCUCCAAGAUGCACCGGAGGUCAAGAUCGGGUCGGUAUCCCAUGCAAAAGACCUUCUGCAAGACGUCUCUGCUAAACUUGCGCAAGGCUGCUUUACAUGUCGGUUAAGACGGAAGAAAUGCGACGAGGCAAAACCCAAGUGCAAAGCAUGUCGACAUCUGGGCCUCGACUGCGAAUACAAGCGACCUCACUGGUGGAGCAACAAUGAGACCCGACGGAAACACAAGGAGUUCAUCAAGUCCAUCAUCAAACGGACCAAGACAAACGAGAAGAACCUAGCUGCUCAAAGUAACUACGCGACGAGAGGGUCUUCGACUGACUCGCAAGAUGACUAUGAUGCCGACUUCGAUCCUUCUUUUGCGACAACCCCGGGUCUUUUCACACCUUAUGCUCCAGACAUGUACAUGACCCACGACCCAUACAGUCAAGGCUUCCCUUGGGAAGUGGACGUAAAGACGGAGAUGCACACAUACGUGAACGACGAACUCACUCGCCGAGACUCUUCGAUAUCAACCUUCAGCACCUGGGUUCCCCCACCGCCUCAUGCCAUGCUACCUUCCUAUACCGGCGAUGACUUUGUCCAGCCAGAGUUGUAUGAGCACAAGCAAGAUUCCUGGGUUGGAGAAGACCCUGUUGGAUUCAACUUUUUCGACUUCAAUCACGUCGGUCAACAACCCGGACCUCAGUGCUCGAUGAUCCACCUCGAAGACUGUGACCGUCCACUGUUCAACCACUUGCUCGACAAUGUGCUUCCGUUGCUCUUCCCUGUCCUUGAAGCGAACCAACCCGGGUCAGUAAGGGCAGACGUCAUUCUUCCUGCUCUCGAACACAACAAGGCUUACCUGCACUCCUGCCUACUCGCUGCUGCAACGCACAUGAAGGACACCAGAACAGCCUUGGGCACUGCCGUCGACGACGAUCAAAUGCGCCACAAGCUCGCCUUUGUGACAAUUGUAGUUGAAGCCUUGAACGGCGACACUCACCACAGCGAGAUGCUCGACGCUCUGCUCGGCAUGAUCUCGCUGCAAGGUUGCGUCGGCUCUGCUACCGACCUCGAGAAAGAACUAAUCCCAUGGCACCAACACUUCCAGACCGCCGCCGACAUUGUGCAGAAGCUCAACCUCCCCUCUAUCCUCGAAGGAUUGAACGUCACCGGCGGUCACCCACCAUUCAACAUGACCCUGACCGCCUCGAUCGACAUCCUUGGCUCGACGAUGCUCGGCAAAGCACCUCGGUUCUCGAAUACCUACCGAAACAUGUUCUUCGCUCAGGCCAACGCAGGGCUCGAGAAGCUCAUGGGCUGCAACGAUCUAGUCAUGUACCUCUUGUCGGAAGUGGCCUGCCUAGACUCGCUCAAAAUGGAAGGCAGGCUCGACGACAUCGGCAUGUGCAGCCAUAUCACCUCGCUCGCCCAGACUCUGGACCAAAUCGAGCCCACAGAGCUACCGCAAAUACCGUACUCCAAAUCAGGGGUCCUCAAACCGAAACAAUUGACCAAGAACAUUACCGCGGUCUUCCGCAAAGCCGCUCGUGUCUACCUCUGCUCGCUGGUGCCCGAGUACAACCGCUACCAGCCAGCAACGGUCAACCUCAUCUCGCAGAUGGCAGACCUGAUGCAGUACAUCCCUUCCGGACCAAUUGGCUUCGACCGGUGCCUCGUCUGGCCCAUGUUGAUCUGUGGUGUGAAUUCGAUCCCCGCAUCGCCCUUCCGCCGCGUCCUCUCCGAACGAUGCGAAAUGCUCGGCGACGCAGCUGACCACGGAUCGUUCGGCCGCAUGGUCCGCCUACUGCACGAAGUGUGGCGACUCAACGACGACAUGGUCAUCUCCGCUGGCGUAUGCGAAGCCACGCCCGUCACUGCCGGAAGCCCAGGAGGUUCGAUAUCGACGCCGAUCACCGCCGCCGCUACCGGCAAUCCAGGUUCAGCACCAGGCUCUUCUUCGACGACGACAACAACAGUACCAAGGAACCAGAACGUCCACUGGCGGGACGUGAUGCAACAAAACGGAUGGGAUUUCCUCCUGAUGUAGCCAGGACUUGCUUCCGCCCUUUUGAUCCGUGUCUCUUGAUGUGUAUGAAUUCCAGUCUCGAUGGCUGGGUAGUACCGAGAUCACCGUUGGUCAGUGCAAGCAAGCUUCUGGCUACCAGGAUGACGACGCUCUUUUUAUCCGACGCUGUCGGCCUUUAUCAAGGACCGAUUCAUCAUUCGUAUUCACUCAUUAUGACAUACCCAUCUUAUUGUUUAAUCUUUUCUGGAAAAGGGUUAAUCUUACUUUUGCAUCCUGGUCUGGUUACACAAAAGUCGAUUUUUUGUUCCUUGGAAACUGGCGUUUCGAGAAGAGAGCUGGUCUGGACUACUUCACCCCAAUCCUCAGUGCCGCGAGGGCUGGGGAGUGUAGGUGGUAGCGCGGGCGCGAGCUGACCCAAGUCGAUGUCGAUGUCGAUGGAGCUGGGUAUUUGAAGUAUGGACACCAGAACGUUUUGCAUCAGGGAUGUUUUCUAAUUCGAGAUCGACUCAGCUGGGAAGAGAAGGAUAUAUUAUAUUGAUACCCAGGGCUGGAGCUGAGAUCUCCAGGGUUUGCACGAAUCUCCUUUCUUUUUAGGUUGCAUGAUUUGAGUAGGCGGAGUGGGCGCGAGUGGAAGGGUAUACCGAGACGAGAAGGUGAAUGUUCAUGAUGUUGAAAGCACGGAGCAGGAUGAAGAAGGCACAGUUCCGGCAUGCACCACCUCGCCGCUGACAGGUAUGCAAGAACCGCCGUGCCGGGGCGGAGAGAUGAAUAGACGAGGCCACGACUCAAGAGGUAAGGUACGAGACGAGUGGUAAUGGACGGCGACAUAAGGGCAGAGCACAUCGCAUAGACCAUGUGUAUACGAAAUUUGUGGCGAGUCAGGUGCAAGCGAAGGCCCCCUAAUCUGAGCUUUAACUGAAGUCAUUAGUUGGACAUCGCUGAACGCUUCUGAGCACUUCCUGAGGAUCGUAA